AUUCUCAUUUGCCAACGCAGCUGUUCGCUCCUUGUGUUCUCGCCGCUCAUCGCGACCCAGUCAGCAUUAGUAACAUUUGAAACCGAGGCUUCUGCUCCUUGCUCGCUGGGAUUGCGUCAUUAUUUAUACCCGCGCUGUUUGUCCAUCAACACUACUUCCUUGAUGCACCGACCACUCCCCACCAGAAUUCACAGACUUGUCCCGCGCCUGGCUGUAUCCACACAUUCGUCUGCCACCGCACUGCUCUUCCCAUCUCCACGAUACACCACCCUCUACCCCCCCUCGAGAGCAACUGUGGCAUCUGCACGCCUGUCGGCAUUUUCCUCCCACUUCUCUUCCUCCCCGCCAACCAUGGCCUCGUCUUCGCAAGAGUAUGAUUACCUCGUCAUAGGCAUUGGCAGCGGCGGCAUCGCAUCCGCUCGAAGAGCUGCCAAGCAUGGCGCAAAGGUCGCUGCCAUCGAAUCGAAGCGGAUGGGCGGCACAUGUGUCAACGUUGGCUGUGUGCCCAAAAAGGUGACUUGGAAUGCCGCCGCCAUUGCCGAAACGUUCAAGGAUGCGAAAGCAUAUGGAUUCGGCAACUUCGAGCAGCCCACCUUUGACUGGCCUUACUUCAAGAAAAAGAGGGAUGCAUUUGUCAAGAGAUUGAAUGGAAUCUACGAGAACAACCUCAACAAGGAUCAAAUUGACCAUGUCAAGGGAAGGGCGAAAUUCGUUGGCAAGAAUGAGGUCGAGGUGGCCCUCGAAUCUGGGGGUACCCAGAGGAUCAAGGCGAAAAAGAUUCUCAUCGCGACUGGUGGACGUCCCAAGGUUCCAGACAUUCCCGGUGCGGAGCUGUGCAUCGAUAGCGAUGGUUUCUUCGACCUGGAGGAUCGACCAAAAAGCAUUGCAACCAGUGGUGCGGGCUAUAUCGGGGUAGAGAUGUCAGGCAUGUUAAAAGCCCUCGGCACUGAUGUUCACUUCUUCAUUCGCGGUCAAAAACUCCUACGUACCUUCGAUCCCAUGAUCCAAGACGUUGUGACCAAGGAAUAUGAACGUCAGGGUUUGCAUCUUUACAAGGGACACCAGAUCACAAAAGUGGAAGACAUUGGUAACGGCAUGAAGCGUGUCACGUACCAGGAUAUGGAAUCCAAAAAGGAAAGCUCACUGGAGGUCGAAUGCGUGCUCUUCGCCACCGGCCGUGACCCCGAGAUCGAAGACUUGGAUGUGAAGCAGCUGGGUUUGGAACUCGAUGGAAGGAAUCACAUCAAGGUCGACCAGUACCAGAACACUAACGUCCAAGACAUUUUUGCGAUCGGUGAUGUGUCAAACAGUGGCUUCGAACUUACGCCUGUGGCUAUUGCCGCUGGCCGGCGGCUCUCGGACCGUCUCUUCGGUGGCAAGUCCGACGCUCAUCUCGAUUAUAGUAACAUCCCUUCAGUCGUGUUCGCACACCCUGAAAUUGGGUCCGUGGGUCUGACCGAGCCUGAGGCUCGUGAGAAAUUUGGUGACAAGGUCAAAGUAUACAAGACUGAGUUUAGCGGCAUGUACUUUGCCAUGAUGGACCCGGAGGAGAAGCAGCCCACGGCAUACAAGAUUGUCUGCGUUGGCGAAGAGGAAAAAGUUGUUGGACUCCACAUUCUUGGUCAAGGUAGCGCCGAGAUCCUUCAGGGCUUCGGCGUGGCAAUCAAGAUGGGCGCCACAAAGAAAGAUUUCGACAACUGCGUGGCGAUCCAUCCAGUCUCAGCAGAAGAAUUGGUUACGAUGACAUAG